AUCAGUUUCGCUGUUGAAGUGAAUCAGGUGAGCAGAUAUAUGUCAGAGUCCGGCCACAGUCAGCCCGGGAUGUACGGGCAGGGCCGCAGGCGGAGGCGACGCCGGGGAGACCGAGAUGCAGGACCUCCGGGCCAAAAUCUGUCCGGACCCAGUCGAGAUCGAGAAUACCAACCGAGAGAACGAAGGGAUGGGAGCGAGGAUCCACCAGGGCCACUCAUUCAGAAGACCCCAAUCAUUCUUGCAAAACCCCCUGGAGAGAGGGCCAAGCCAUCACAGAAUGCACCCGUCGGUGGAGCUCCAGUCCUGGAGAAGCCCAUUAUGCUAAUGAAAGCGAGGGACGAUGGAGGGAAGCCGGGGACUCCUCCUGAGGCGGCAGCUCAGCCCUCUGGUCCUGGACCCUCCAAGAUGGAGAAGGAAGGGCAGCGACCUACGCAGCCUGUUUACCAGAUCCAAAACAGAGGGAUGGGUGCUUCUGCAUCGAGCAGUGCUGUGGACCCCAUGGUUGGCCAGUCUAAACUCAUCCCUCCUGAGAAGAUGAAGCACAGCAUCAAGCUAGUGGAUGAUCAGAUGAAUUGGUGCGACAGCGCCAUGGAGUAUCUGAGGGACCAGACGGAUAUGUUGGUGGUGGGAGUCAUCGGUCUGCAGGGAGCUGGGAAGUCUACGAUCAUGUCACUGUUAUCUGCCAACACUCCUGAGGAAGAUCAAAGGGCUUAUGUAUUCAGAGCACAGACUCAGGAAAUCAAGGAAAGAGGAGGAAACCAGAGCACAGGCAUUGAUUUCUUCAUCACACAGGAGAGGGUCAUCUUCUUGGAUACACAGCCAAUGCUCAGCCCGUCUAUUCUUGACCACCUCAUCAACAAUGAUCGGAAGCUGCCUCCGGAGUACAACCUCCCUCACACAUAUGUGGAGAUGCAGUCUCUUCAGAUUGCUGCCUUCCUGUUUACGGUGUGCCAUGUUGUCAUUGUGGUUCAAGACUGGUUCACAGACUUAAACCUCUACAGGUUCCUUCAGACCGCUGAGAUGCUGAAACCCUCAACUCCAUCUGCAAGCCAUGACAGCGCUGGCUCUUCGGGCAAUGACGAUGGAGCAGAGUACUAUCCUCACAUAGUGUUUCUCCAGAACAAGGCCAGACGGGAUGAUUUCUGCCCAAGGAAUUUGAAAAACAUGCAUAUGGUUGUGGACAAACUAAUGGCCCACUCUCAUCUCAAAUAUAAAGGUACAUUAUCCAUGCUGGACUGCAAUAUCUUCCCUGGCUUGGGGCAGGACUAUCUGACAACAGAAGUCAACAUGUUCCUCCUUCCUGUGCAGGAGAAUGACGGAGAGGAUAAUCUGACUAAAGCAGGGUCAGGGACAUACCCGCUCUUCUCCCUGCUCCCAGGCUACAGAGGACAUCCGGCCUUCUCCACCAUGGUUUCAAAACUCCGGAGCCAAAUCCUAGCCAUGCCUCGCUGUCAGCUGUCACACACCAUCCUCACUGAGAAGAACUGGUUUCACUAUGCAGCUCGUAUCUGGGAUGGCGUGAAAAAGUCCUCCGCCCUCUCCGAAUACAGCCGCCUGCUCUGUUAACACCUUGCCCUGGUUGCUGUGAUGUGCAGCAGCUGUGCAAACUCUUAUGUCCAAUAAACGGGCCACAAACACAGAUGUGGCCCUGAGCGUGGCGACCAUCCUUGGCACUGAACAGGAGGGGCGAGUGAAAAUGGAAGUCCGGUUGCAUAUGUUGCAGGAUGGCACUGCCCUCAGUCUAAAGAUUUGGUGGGGAAUGAAACCUGCGGAGUCUUGCUGCUCCGUGUGAGAAAGUUGCCUAUCCCUGCCCUCAGGUUGUUAAUGUUCAAAAAACAUAGCUGCACCCUGAACGGUACUGUUGGAAAAGAGAGAAAAUGCGAUUGUGUAAUAACAUUAGAUGUUGUAAAAGCAGUGCACGUAUUUUCUGAGAGGAAAAUAUACCCAUCUGUAAAUUAUCUUUUUUAUUUCCUUUAGAAUGUUAAUAAAACGAGUAACGGUCAGUUACUCAAAAAUCAAAAGAAACAA